AUGGCAGACCAAACACUACAGAGAAUAAAUGACCUCGCCAACUAUCUCUCCGCCGUCCCCAUCCGCGUCGACUGCUUCUUCGUGACAGCCGCCCGCCUGUUUCGCACCACCCCCCACGAAAUCGCCAUACGCAUCGACAUGCCCGUUCCCACACCAGGCACACGCGGUCUAGACACGGCCCACAUUCUCACUGCCCUGCAGAGGCUCGAUCUGAACUUCAAGUCAUGGGCAUUCCAAGGCCGCAAUAGUGGCGGUGGAGGCCCUAUUCGAAAUCCAGAGGGCAGGCCUGAGGCCAUGGUACCUGCAAACCUGGGGAUGCCGAGUGUCGUGGGAGUCGCGUAUCGUCGCCCGGAUAGGACUGGCCACGUUGUUAUCUGCAAGAAUCCGGCGAGUCCCCAUAGGACGUAUGUUGACUACCAGGCGUCCCCGAACGGUACGAAUGUCACAGAAGAUGUACGCAGGUCAAGAAUCGUUGUGUACUUUGCCGUUGAUCCUGCCUCGAGAGGACUCGACCAGCGACACAGACAGGGAAUUGAGCAUAUGGAGGUAGAUCCACAAGACGAUGAGCCGAUGGAAUGGGAGAAUGCUGGUGGCGAUGAGCCAAUGGAGCAUUAA